AUGGAAGUGGAAAGGGGACUCUACCUUGUUAAUCGCACUCAUGUUGAUUCCACACAUCCCUGCUAUGAAAUUGAUAUGGUUUCUUUCACACUGACUAAUAGUCCUUCUUCAGAAUGUGUUCUGUUGCAUGUUUUCCUCAGCGCUGUGUCUGUUGUAAUUGUGUGUGGAAACCUUCUGGUCCUAAUCUCUAUUGUUUAUUUCAGACAGCUGCACACGCCCACUAACUUCCUCAUAUUCUCUCUGGCUGUGUCGGAUCUACUUGUUGGUUUGAUACUCUUUCCUCUGUGUACAAAGUCCCUUUUUAGCUUCUGUUUGCAGUCAAUGAAUGUAUUCUGCAAAGUACGAGUGACUUUCGAUCUAACGUUGAGCACAGCCUCUGUUUUGAACCUAUGCUGUAUCUCCAUUGACAGGUACUAUGCAGUGUGUCAGCCUCUGACAUACACAACUAAGAUCAAUACUAAUGUCGUUGUGAUCAUGAUCGUGUUGACCUGGAGCACAGCUGUUUUUAUGACAAUUGGAUUUUUCAUUGCAAAAAUGAACUCUGGAGAAUGUCAAGAAAAUUGUUCUUUCAAUACUGGUUUUUCAAACCCUUUAGGACCCGUGUUCUCAUUUUACCUCCCAAUGGUCACGAUGGUGUGUAUCUACCUGAAGAUUUUAAUGGUGGCACAGAAACAGGCACGCAGCAUCCAGGACACACACUCUCAGAGCACAAAGGCUGGAACUGCUGCUGCAAAAAAGGGGGAAGGAAAGGCAACCAGAACUCUGGCUAUUGUCAUGGGAGCCUACGUGGGGUGUUGGGCACCCUUUUUCCUCUGUUUUCAGAUAAAAGUUUUCAGUUCUAUGUCAGUGCAAGUUACAACAUUUGACACCCUUGUCUGGAUUGGAUUGUUUAACUCACUGCUCAAUCCAUUCAUCUACGCUUUCUUUUACAGCUGGUUCAGAUCAGCUUUCAGACUGAUUCUGACCGGGAAAAUAUUUCAAAGUGAUUUGUCUAACUCAAGACUUCUUUGA